UUCUUAUUUUGUGGGUUUUCCUGAUCAAACGUUCCAUGGGAUUUUUUGUUUUUGACUUGGAUUAUAUAUGCGAAAAUGUGAUUGGGGAAAAGGAAACUGUAGUUAUUAAAAUGCAAACCGACAACAAAGAGAAAAAGGAAAAAAAGAUGGGACUGGGCUGUUUGAUUUUUAAUUAAACUACCCGAAAAUGUUUUAGUUGCAAUAAUUUAUUGCGCGAUUUUGAAUUUUAUCGGAUUUUGAUUUUCGGCUUUUAUUUUAAUUUCUAUUUUUUUUAGAUUUUUUAUUAGGUGAAAGGAAGAUGUAUACUUUCGAGGUUCUUAUUUGAGAUUUAUUUAUUAUUAGAGCGAGUCUUCUAAACUUAGGGUUCUUUCUUCUUCUUUUUGGCUACUUUUUGAUUAUUGUUCUUUGGGAGCUUUGCAUCCCUCUGUUUUUUGCGGGAAUCUUCUCGGUAUUCUCUUUUCUGGUAUUUUGCUCAUCUGGGUUUCCGAUCCCCUUAGAUAAUCUCAUCUGCCUCGGUGUUUUUUUUUUGAAGUCGUCAGCUUUUGUAUUUUAGGGAUUUGAAGUGUCUCUGAAUACAGAGGGAAGUUCCAUUUUCGCUCUCCGGUGGAAUUUUGGAAUUUUCGGAGAUUUUCUAUAGGUGGGAGCUUUUAGUUAUCUGGCUUGCAGCAAGCUUUCUAGGGCUUUCAUUUGAUUUCACUCUAAUGUUUUGGGUUAUUUAGAUUUUUUUUAAAGCAGGCAUUGGUGUCUUAUACAUAGCGGCAAGCCCGAAUUUUAUUGGUUCUGGCAUGUUUGCAUGAUGUUUAAUGCUCAAGGGUCUUCGAGGAACCAUUGCAGUCUCCUUGCAGUUCUUAGUAGUAGUGAAGUUUCUGAUAAUAAACAUAGGAAGCAAACUUCUGAUCAUAAUCCGAGAUACCCAUUUCCAGAGCUUGCUUCUUCAGGGCGCCUCGAGGUCCAGAUUCUGAACAAUCCUAGCAUUGAAGAGUUCCAGCGGGUUCAUGCAUCUUCAGAGCCAAAUAUUGUUUACUUUCAAGGGGAGCAGAAUGCAGAUGAUGAAGACAUUGGCUCUCUGGUUUGGGGAGAUAUUGAUUUAUCUACUCCAGAAGCCUUUUGUGGACUCUUUGGUUCCACAUUGCCCACCACUGUUUAUUUAGAGAUCCCCAAUGGUGACAAAUUGGCAGAGGCACUUCACUCCAAGGGAGUCCCUUAUGUUAUAUAUUGGAAAAAUACAUUCUCACGAUAUGAAGCCUGCCAUUUUCGUCAAGCACUUCUAUCAGUGAUACAAAGUUCAUGUAGCUAUACCUGGGAUGCAUUCCAACUUGCCCAUGCUUCUUUUAGACUGUACUGUUUAUGGAACAACAAUAUUGCCUCUUCUGAUAGUCAGAAACAAAGUGUUAAGCCAGAACCAUGUUUGCUCGGUGACCCUCCCAAGAUUGAUGUUUCUCAACCCGAAGUCGAUAUGCAAGAGGAAGAUGACUCUCUUGAAAAUCUUCCUGCCAUAAAGAUAUAUGAUGAGCAUAUUAAUAUGAGGUUUCUUGUUUGUGAAUCACCACACCUAUUGGAUGCAUCCCUGUUGGGAUCUUUGGAAGAUGGACUUAAUGCCCUCUUGAGCAUAGAAAUACGUGGAAGCAAACUCCAUAACCGUGCGAGUGCUCCACCACCACCACUUCAGGCUGGGACAUUUUCUCGUGGUGUAAUGACCAUGCGUUGUGAUUUCUCAACCUGUAGUUCAGCUCGCAUAUCACUUUUAGUUUCUGGCAGUGCACAGACUUGUUUUAAUGAUCAGCUGUUGGAAAAUCAUAUAAAAAACGAGCUUAUCGAGAAUAGUCAGCUAGUCCAUGCACAGUCAAGCUCUGAUGGAAGCAAAAUUUCUUCAUCUGAGCCUCGCAGAUCAACCUCAAUUGCCUGUGGUGCAAAUGUGUUUGAAGUGUGCUUGAAGGUUCCCACAUGGGCUUCUCAGGUUUUGAGGCAACUUGCCCCAGAUGUAUCCUACCGCAGCUUAGUUAUGCUGGGAAUUGCUAGCGUUCAAGGGUUGUCGGUUGCUUCUUUUGAAAAAGAUGAUGCAGAACGCCUGCUUUUCUUUUCUGCGAGUCAGGGAAAAGAUCUCCUCUGGGAUAGUUCUAUAAUUACCAGAUCUCCCAUCUGGUUGGUGCCUCCAGCACCUUGUCGUAAAAGAUCAGAGUCAAUUAGGGACAUUAAACCUCUAAACUGUACUAUCAUGGAAGGUGUAAAUGGUAAUGCAAGGCCGAAACCAAAUGUUGCUGCUAUGAGGCCAAUUCCUCAUACCCAUCGUCAUAAGAUGCUUCCCUUUUCUGGAUUUUCUGAGGCUGGGAGAUAUGAUGGUGACCAAGGAAAGGCUAACUUGCCAGUCGUGCCUGUGAAGCAACCUGCUCCUAUCACACAUCGGAAAGCAUCAACGAAUUCUUAUCAGGCUCAGCAGAUGAUUUCUUUAAAUCCAUUACCACUUAAGAAACAUGGUUGUGAUCGAACACCAAUACAGGUUUGCUCUGAGGAAGAAUUUUUGAGAGAUGUGAUGCAAUUUUUGAUUCUUCGGGGACAUACUCGUCUUGUUCCUCAAGGUGGGUUAGCUGAGUUUCCUGAUGCCAUUCUGAAUGCAAAACGGCUUGACCUUUUUAACUUGUAUAGAGAGGUGGUGUCAAGAGGAGGCUUUCAUGUUGGGAACGGCAUAAAUUGGAAGGGACAAGUUUUUUCGAAGAUGCGAAAUCACACAUUGACAAAUAGAAUGACUGGAGUGGGUAACACUCUGAAAAGACACUAUGAGACUUACCUUUUAGAGUACGAACUGGCUCAUGAUGAUGUCGAUGGAGAAUGCUGCUUGUUGUGUCACAGUAGCGCAGCAGGUGACUGGGUAAACUGUGGAAUUUGUGGCGAGUGGGCUCACUUUGGCUGUGAUAGGCGGCAGGGUCUUGGAGCCUUUAAGGAUUAUGCAAAAACAGAUGGACUGGAGUAUGUUUGUCCACACUGUAGCAUCUCAAAUUUCAAGAAGAAACCCCACAAAACUGUAAAUGGUUAUUGACAAACCUUUGACUCGCAUUAGAUUCCCUUAUGGCUCUUUUUUUUAUUUUAUUUUUUUGGUUUCUGCAUAAGAUAAAAGGCACGGUAUUAGGAUGUAAUUAUUGUAUUGUAUUUACCCCUCCAAUGUUAUUACCAUAUAUAGAUAAUGCCAUUGACCCCCCACAUUUUGUAUUCUGCAAAACAACGAUGAAGAGUAGUUAACUGUAGAAUAUAUUCGUAUUUUGUUCGAUU